AUGUUUUCCUUCAGCGCAUGCGGCGCCAAUUUCGUUAAUCCAUACGUCAGUGAAGAGCGCGUUGACCUUAACCAAGUAUGGGUGGAGAUUCCUUCAACACUCGUGGCUUUAGGAGGCGACGUGCACAUUCGAGUCCACGGCACAACCGGAGCAGGCCUCAAGGUCCGCAUCGCGCGAGAAGACGAUGACGGACGAGCACUGCUCGCUACCAUGCCCCUAGCACUAGACUCAGAAAACCGCAUGACCUUACCCUGCGGCUACUUCUCUAGAGGAGGCACCUACUAUCUAGAAAUAAUUUCAGAUAAGGAUCCCUAUUUACCAGAUUACGAGAAUACGACAGAAGGGAAGAGUGAUGUGGAAAACAGCAACAAGGUCAAGAGAGAUGUUGGUGAUGGUAGUCUGAUGGAGACUGGUGAUAGUGUGGUGAAGUCUUGGAAGUUUGACGUUAUGUGGCCGACAGCAAACCUGGACGUGACUCCAGAACAGAUUCAGACAUACCCUGAGAGGCAGGUGAUGGCUAUACUAGAGUUUCCCAGGGUCGUGUGUGCUCCUAUUGAGUCGGGUGCAGAUUUUUGGCUGGAGCUCCUGUAUUGUGGGCAUUCCAGCGGUGGAGCUGUUCUGUGUGAUGGCAAGAACACUAGCUCCCAUGCUCACGUUUUGUAUUCUGAACAGAUGCAUGGCUUCCCUGGUCGUCGGACGAUGACCCUGCGCUGUGAACUCUUUGGUCAGGCUGGAGACUAUGCUCUCACACUCAGGCCAGCUGCGGCUGCAGGGCCACAGGAUUUAGCCACCGCUUUUAUCAAGGCAGAUUGGUCGGAGCAGUUCGUGCUAAACGUGCACGGAGGUUCCGUAUUUCCAUGCGGGGAUGGAGUCAGGGUGUUGUUCCAAUACCCUGAAUGUGUGCUAGAGGGCGCUGAUCGAGUCAGAGUGUUUGGGAGGGACGCUGAUCGGUUGCGAUAUGUUGCUGAGAGGAGAGUUCGGAGAGGUCAACACACAGUGUCAUUUGACUGCCGGCUGUUCAGCGAGCGUUAUCCGGAAUAUUGUUUCGUGUACGUCUCACAAGCUGUGACGGGCGCCGUCGCUGACGUUAGAAUGGACUGUCUACCUACAUUGCCGCUCUCAGCAGAUGGUGGUGCUGGUGGUUGGGGGCAGUGGUCGGCAUGGUCGGCGUGCCCUGCGCCGGCGCAUUGCUCGACGCGCACGCGCAGUCGCCACCGCUUCUGCGAUUCUCCUCCACCGGCAUAUGGUGCCAAGUUUUGUGAAGUAAGUGAAAAAUUAUCAAACAAUUUUAAUUACUAA